GGUUAAAGGCUCUGGGGCAAAGCAAUUCUUUGGAACCGUCAGCGAUGUCCUGCCCAGCCCUGCACGGCUGAUUUCAGCAGGGAUGAGAAGUUUUCUCUCAUUACUGCGAAGCAAAGGACGGCUCUGAAGGCAGGGAGAGCUGUGCUGCAGGAUAAAUAUGCUAAACAUUGCGGGGAGUCGGAGGGAAGUUGAAAUGAAAACAAUCCCCGUUAAUGUUUAACCCCCUCGCCGAGGGAUCUCCGCAAGCCGCAGGAUGAGGGACACCGACUCCUGCUGAAGGACAAGGAGACCCGGGAUUUAUUUUUAUUAUGCUGCCGUCUCCUGGCUAAUUUUGGACAAGACGGAAGAGCUGCUGCCAGAACACCCAGGGAAAAUGGAUGAACCCUCCACCUAACACACAACUCCACUUUCUGGAAUGCUCAGUGGAAAAGAGGCAUUCUUCCAGCAUGAAAUCCAGUGCAUACCAAUAAUCUGAAUGCUUAAUUAAACUAUGAUGAGAAGACAGUAUCUGGAAAACAAAAGAUGAACCCGCUUCAUGCAAAGAAAUCAAGAUUUUUAGUGUGCGUUGCUGUCUGUACGUUCAUCUACACUUUCAUCUACCUAAAGGUUCCUCUUUCUGAAGAGCCAAAUGAACAGAAAUUAAACGUUAGAAGAGCAGAGUGUGGUUUUUACCCAGAUGAACUUUGUUCAGCUCUUUUCGUGGGGAAACCUGCCGCCUUUAAGAUUGGAAACUUCUGUCAGAACUCCUACCAACCCAAACCACUGAGCUGCAUUCAGACUUCGUGCAGCUGCUCCACAGUUCUGAAGACUCUGCAUUUUAUCACGAGCCCACUGUCAGAUGAAGAAGGAAAUUUCUCAUUGGCUUACAUUAUUACAAUUCACAAGGAGCUGGAAAUGUUUGUAAAGCUGCUAAGAGCUAUUUAUAUGCCUCAGAAUAUUUACUGCAUACAUAUUGAUGAGAAGUCACCAAGAGAUUAUAAAACUGCUGUACAGAACAUCGUUAAUUGCUUUGAAAAUAUUUUCAUUUCCUCAAAAAGAGAACAUGUUGUUUAUGCAGGAUUUUCAAGAUUACAAGCUGAUAUUAAUUGCAUGAGAGACCUAGUUAAUUCCAAAGUUCAGUGGAAUUAUGUUAUUAAUCUAUGUGGUCAAGAUUUUCCUCUUAAAACAAAUAAAGAAAUUAUACAAUACAUGAAAAGUAAGUGGAAUGGUAAAAAUAUUACUCCUGGGAUAGUCCAACCACUUCAUAUGAAACACAGAACACAGCUUAGUUACAGAGAAUAUGUACAUUCUGGAGUGCCAUACUUGUAUCCAGGAAAGACUACGAAAGCUAAACCUCCACAUAAUAUGACAAUAUAUUUUGGCAGUGCCUAUUAUGUGCUCACUAAAGAAUUUGUAGAGUUUACAUUGACUGAUGCACGUGCAAAAGAUCUGCUUGAGUGGUCGAGAGACACGUACAGCCCGGAUGAGCAUUACUGGGUCACCCUGAACCGUUUACCUGAUGCUCCAGGAGCUACACCCAAUGCAGGCUGGAAAGGAAACCUAAGAGCCAUUAAAUGGAAAGAUCAAGAAGGAUCCUCACACAAAGGCUGCAAAGGUCAUUACAUCAGAGACAUUUGUAUCUACGGACUAGGGGAUUUGCAGUGGAUUAUUGAGUCACCUCAUUUGUUUGCCAACAAAUUCGAGCCUGCAAAGUACCCCCUGGUCAUGGACUGCCUGGAGAGACGCCUGAGGCUCCGGAUGCUGCGCCAGGCAGAGGUGCCCAUCCAGGACCACUGGCGUUUCCAGGAGCACAGCUACUUCAACAUGAGGCUGGAUGUCUGAGCUUAGCUAACAUCCAAACAAGUGUUCACAAUACUGACAGAAACCAUGAACAUUUUUAGCCAUAGACUUCACUGUGUGCAUUACAGCAUGAGGGUAAAGCACAGUCCUGUACUACCAAUAAACGGGUUUUAUUUAUUACACUAACAGCUGCUGGUGGGUUAAUUCUCAAAGGAAAUGACAUGUCUAAAUCUGUAACUUACUGAGGCCAAGGGGGAAGUUCAUAAUCUAUUAAGUGACUUAUUUAGCUGGAAAAAUCAAUAUUCCUUGUGUCCACAGCCAAAGAAUGACUAACUGGUAUGAAAAUAAUAAAACAGAAGCAAUGGCUGGAUGAAAAUAAAAUAUGGAGAACACAAUUAAAGUCAUGGUUACUGAG